AUGGUGGCGGACGUGGCGUCGCCGGUGGACGACAUUGGGAAAAAACGCUGGAAUGCGUCCCAACCGCGCGAGCAGAUGGGCGGCACCAGGAACGACUCGUCCACGGCAGGGCUCAAGGAGGGCCAGGGCGAGUUCCACUGGGACAAGACGUUCCAGGGCCUGCUGUUGUCCAGCUUCUUCUAUGGCCACACGGCAGCGCUGGCACCCGGUGGUUGGGUUGCCGACAGACUGCCGGCCCAGCUGGUGCUCAUGUUCGGCGUUGUCACCCAGGCAGUGGCCACACUUCUCUUCCCCGCCGCCGCCAGAUGCAACGAUUACCUGCUUAUCGCACUGAGAGUAGCACAAGGCUUCACCUGUUCUGUAGUCCUGCCGGCCAGCGUGGUGCUCAUCAGGAACUGGAGCAUCCCCGACGAGUACUCCACUCUUUUCUCCAUCGCCUGGUCGCUGCACUACAUCUUCUCCGGGCUCAGCUACCCCAUCAGCAGCUCCCUGUGCGAGUAUGGCGGCUGGCCGUUCGUCUUCUACGUCACCGUCUGGGCACUACUGGGAUGGUUCCUGGUGCCCAGCUGUCCUGAUGAGAGUCGGCUCUGUUCGGAAGAGGAGCAGAAGUUCCUGACAUCCCACCGGCUGUGUCGGGUUGCUACCAUGAAGUCCUUGUCGGACAAGCAGGUGAAGCCGGCGCGGACCCCGCUGCUGGCAAUAGCCACCAACCGCCAGGUGCUCAUCAUCGUGGGAGCCUUCUUCGUCUACCACUGGUUCUUCUACUCGCUUAACAUCACGCUGCCGACCUUCCUGAAGGAGACGAUGAACGUCGAUCUGACAGAAAACGGCUCUCUCUCUGGGUUGCCCAUCAUGUCCAUGUCCGUCGGAGUUUUGUUCGGUGGACGGCUUCUUCAGUACCUGAUCACUGAACUGCAGUUUGGUCGCACUUCUUCCCGCAAGCAGAUGUCUACUUUCGCCAUGCUGGUGCCUGCUGGGCUGCUCGGCGUCAUCCUCGUCCUGCCUCCUGGCAGCACAUACACUACCAUGGCUCUGAUCUGCUUGAGCAACGCGAUAUUCGUCCUGAACGUCUCCGGCGGUCUGCUGUCAGCAGGGCCUGACCUGGGGCCACAGUUUGCCGGCGUCAUCUGGGGCCUGGCCGGCUCCGUCGGCAGCCUGACUGGCGUGCUGACGCCGAUGGUGGCGGCCGCCAUGACCCCGCACAAAACCCUGCUGGAGUGGCGCUACUUCUUCCUCAUCGCGGUGGUGUUCUUGGUAGCUAUGGACUUCGUGAUCGUGCUGUUCUGGAAGUCUGAGCUUCAGCCGUUCGCGAGGACUGACGAUACGCCACCCCAGCCGUCUGUCCGGUCCCAUGAGGACGAUCCUCAUGAGGACGGUCUACAGAUUAGCCACUCGGACGAGGUGUGA